GCUCGUGGGUGAGGACGAGAUGCACAUGGCUACCCCGCGCUCAGCUGAAAGGACCUGCAAUGUUUCGCUCACCACUCGCUCGGCUAUUGGGGUCCGGGGUUGCCUUUUCUGCAGCCACAGCCUUUAGCGCCUCAGCUAGAGCGCAGUCGACGUUGCCCAAAGUAUACUUCGAUGUGGAGGCGAAUGGCAAGCCCCUGGGCCGGGUGGUGAUGGAGUUAAGAUCUGACGUGGUCCCAAAGACAGCAGAAAAUUUCCGUCAGCUGUGCACUGGAGAACAAGGCUUUGGCUACAAGGGGUCCAUCUUCCAUCGUAUCAUCCCAGGCUUCAUGUGUCAAGGUGGAGAUUUCACACAUGGCAAUGGAACAGGCGGAAAAUCAAUAUAUGGAACAAAAUUUAGAGAUGAAAACUUUGAGUUGACGCACACUGGACCCGGCCUUUUAUCCAUGGCAAAUGCAGGACCCAAUACAAAUGGUUCACAGUUUUUCCUCACCACUGUACCGUGUCCUUGGCUAGAUGGUAAGCAUGUAGUGUUUGGUAAGGUGGUUGAGGGCAUGGAUGUUGUGAAGGCAAUAGAAGAUCUUGGUUCCCGUUCAGGACGUCCGUCUAAAAAGGUUGUCAUUGCAGAUUGUAAUGUAGUAAAAGAGUGAACUGAAGACUGUACAAAAGAAUGAAUGAGCUAUACAACUGUCAUGUUUUUUUAUAUAGUACUUGAAAAUAUUGUAAGUCAUUUGGCAGUAUUGCAAGAAAACUAAUGAUACAUCAUGGAUGAUGCAGCCUGGUGUGUAUAGCAUGUCUAUGUAAGUUAGUGGAUUUGACUCUUGUGCCAGGCUGAGUCAACUUAGUAUAGUCUCCUUUCAAAUUGUUGUUACUGUGAAGAAUAGUUACAUGAUGUGAAGCUGAAGAGAUGUGACUGCAUCCUGGCAAUUAGGUACAGAAGAAAUAAAGAGUAGUGAUGCACAAAAACAAUGGAACGAAAUGAAGAUGAAAUCAAGAAAAGGCAUUGUUACAUAAAUUUUUUUAAAUUGACAUGUCAAUGUAUAAAAAUCACUUAUGUAAACAUUAACAACUGUACAUAAUAUACAAUAUAGGGAAUAAUGAAAAAAAGAUGUAUUUAUUUACAACAUUGCUAUAUAGUUACAGAUAAAUAUGAUGUUUUAAUAGCCAA